GCUUUUUACGUUUGUAUGUGCUAUGUUUGAAGUGUGUGUGUGUUUGUGUGUGUGUGUGUGUGUGUGUCAAUGCAAUAUGACAAGGAAUUAGAAGUCUUUCCUAGACAUCCAGAGGUUUCUCACGAGGCACAGGAAAUGCAUCUGCUGUCAAGUAGGAGACUGUAAUCACAAAGAGGAAAAGUGACAGAAUAUUUUCAGGCGACAUAAUCCUGGAUCGUGGAGAAGCUUCGUAAUUGUGUCGUUUUCGGCAUCAUGACAAAGGAGGCCAGUCCCUCUUCAAUAAUGGACUCUGAGAUGAUGUUUCAACCAGAGUCAGACCAGAUGUCUGCAGCUGAACCCAAGUCUCCAUCGCUAGAUCUGAUCGACACAGGGAAGGGGCUGAAGGUCCAGACAGCCACACCUCAUCUAGUUAGCCUGGGCAGCGGAAGGCUGAGUGUGGCAAUCACCCUUCUGCCACUGAAAGAAGGGGUGACCCGCAUAGGCCGAGAGGAUGCUCCAACCCCUCAAGAUAUCACCAUCCAGGGGCCUAGUAUCGAGGCAGAGCACUGUCUCAUCAUCAAUGAAGGAGGGGUGGUGACCCUGGACCCCUGUGGUCACCUCUGCAGUUUGGAUGGAGUCCAAAUCACUGUGCCUACACCGCUUACACAGGGUUAUUCUUUGUGUCUGGGUAAAUCCUACUUUUUCCGGUUCAACCAUCCUGAGGAGGCAAGCAGAAUGAAAAGCAUGCUUCCACAAAAGAGCCCUGUGUCAGCUUUAGCCUACAACACAGACUACCUGAAGUUUAGCAGUGACUAUAGCUAUGCAGUGGCGGGUGGCACCAGCAGUGCGAGGGGCAUGCGAUCAGCCUCUGAACUUCGGGACUUGAUGGACACGCUGCAGCGCAAGAAGAUUGCCCUGGAGAACAGCCUGAGAGCCAACGGGAAUGCUAACCCCUCUUACUUCAGCGUGACACAGUCUCCCCCCACCACACCUGUAAUGAGUCCUACCACAUCCUCAUCAGCCUAUCAGGAACAGGCAAGGCGAUUCUAUGGCUCUGAUCGUCCACCCAUGUCUUUGAAAUCUGCCCCCCCUCUUUCCCCUGGACGUCGAUCUGACCCCCUGACCCGGACCUCAGUUGUCUCCAACCAGGACAACUUGGCUAUUGGUGAUAGCCGGCGGUUGCACAACCAGGGCUCCUCUCCUUUACUGUCCACAUGGAAUUGUGGAGGCUCUUCAAAUUCUGUUGCUUGUAGCGAUAGCUCCCUCCUCUCUCUUCCUCCCUCCUCCUCAUCCCGCACUCCAUCUACAGGAGGUGCAGUUAGCAUGCCAUCAAGCCCCCGUCUUGGUCGUCGUAGCUGUGGGAACCAAGAGCCAUCACCUAGCAGUCGAACCAGGAAGUACUCAGCAGGCUCACUGAGUGGGAUGAUGGCAGGAGGCCACAGCCGUUCGCUGCCACGCCUCUGCCACUCCCCAUCUCCUCAUGACAACAACAACAGAGUGAUGACCUUGUCAACACUGCCCCCACGGCGAUCCGAUAUUGCUGGGGGUUACAAAUUUAGUAGCCAGAACAGCCAUAAUACCAGCCCUGACCUCAACCACAACUCUAGUAUCUCUACCCAUCAGACCUCCAACAGGAAUCAAAUCCAGACCAAAACUCAGGGAGAAGGUGUUGUGUCCAUCUCCCUCUCUUCUACUAAAAACUUGCCUUCUACCACUCCGUCCAUCUCCUCUAAACCAGCCCCACCUGAUGUGACCAUCCCAUCCAGAGCAGGGGGCUCCUCUUCCCCUCGUGUGGCCAAAAAACUCAGCCUUACUUCCUCUAGCUCAGUGGGUUCCAUUAGCUCCAUGGGUUCCAGCCCUCCAGACCCUGAACAGUUGGCCAGCCAUGGUGUUUCCCAAAGAAUGGAGCUGUCUUUGGGGGACAAGGAGAGGCGAGGGCUAGAUCUAGAACUCACUGGUUCCCCGGGCUUUAGUCUUGGAGAGAGGAGGUCAUCCUUUGGGAGGGCAGGGCUGGAACCUGGGAUGGGGUUGGGAGAGAGGAGGUCAUCAUUUGGAAAGGCAGGUGUGACUCCACCAGGGGGGUUCAGGGAAAGAAGGGGAAGUAUCAGCUCACUGAGUGGGAAGGAGGAACUGACUGACUACCACCAGCGCCAAAAAGAGGAGAGACUACGUGAGCAGGAAGUGGAGAGACUGGAGCGACAGCGGCUAGAGACCAUACUGUCUCUAUGUUCAGAGCUGGGCCAGGCCGAGAGGGAUGGAGACACCACAGCUACAAGUCCCACUUCAGCUGUGGCGGAUCUCCAAAAGAUCAACCAAGAGCUUGAGAAACUCCAACUGAACGAUGACGAUGACGACACACCGUCUGUCUUUUCAGAUUUUUCAGCUGUUAUUGAAACAACAGGGAAUGGACACAUGACCUCCCCUGGAUCAGAGAAUGGUUACUAUGACGAUGAUCUACAGUUACGACAGAGGUGCAGAAGUAGUCACCGAGACAAUAGAGCAGAAUCGCCCACCAUCAGUCUGCGAAGCUUUGCCCCCUCACCUUCUCCACGUACACAGAGGAACAAUGAGACUAUAGAUGAUGCAGCGCGUCGCCACAGACGGGACACAAGACCUUCAGAGGAGGAGGUGAGGCAGGUGGAGGAGGAGAGGAUCCAGGUGCUGAACAACAUGGAGGAGCUGGAAAGAAAGAUCAAAGAGCUUGAUAACCAAAUGGAGGAAUCUGCCCGAGAGGUGGAGGUUGAACAAGCUCUGGUGGAGGCUGAGCAGGAGUCAGAGGUCGCUGCUCUGCAUCAGGAAAAGGAGGCUCUGGAAUCACUUCACAAUAAGAUGGCUGACCUAGAAACCAAGUCCCAACAGGAAAAAGAAAAGGCGUGCGAGUUGCUGCAGGCAGAAAGGGGCAGAGUAGAGAGGUUGGCUCAGAUUGUGUGUGAGCAGCGCUCCCAGCUGGACAGCUGCCCUGAGGCCACCAAGGAGCCCCUGCAGGAGCAGCUAGCCAGGGACUGUGAGGUGCUUGAUGCAGAGACAAAACGUUUUGAAGAUCUGGAAUUUCAGCAGCUGGAGAGAGAGAGCAGGCAGGACGAGGAGAAGGAGACCCAUACCCAGCAGCUUCUGCGGGAGAUUGCAGAUUACCAGCGCAGCACAGUGACUCGCAAGGAGCGAAUGUUAACACUGAAGAAGCAGGCAGCACAGAUUAUCCAGCAGGCUCAGCGAGAGAAGGAGAGCUUUUUGAAGGAGAGGAGCAACCUUGAAUCAAUGCUGCAAAGGGAGAGAGAAAACCUUUCCACACUAGAAGGAAAACAUGCUGACCUCACUGGUGGCCGGGGUUUCACACUAAGAGAGGGCUAUGUCACAGUCAGUGAAAUCAAUGAGCUUUACUCACAGCUUAGAGGAGACCAAAAACCUACCCCUGCCCCUGCUCUGGUCAAUGCCUCCCCUGAGUCUGAGGCAUACCCCUCCCCUGAGGACAACCCCAAACCACUGGAGGAUGAGCAUUUCCGUUUGCUGGAGGAGAGGAAGAGGUCUGAGAAAGAUAGUGGCUCCCAUUUAAGUGACACUUUACCCAGGAAGAAAGCCACUCCCACCAUGACCCGCCAGUUCACGUGCGCAACACUCGGACGCAGUUUCCCUAAUAAGUCCCAUCAGCCCCUGGUACAGAGCACAAGUUGUGGCAGCAUUCUUCCAAGAAUUCUCUCAUUAUCCAACAAGGAAACUGAAUCUCGACGUUUGCAUAAAGGUCAGCCUGGCUCACGAGCAGCUUCCCAGACCAACGUCUACCUCGAUGCCUUUGGGUACCGUGACAACCAGGCCUUUGACACAAUGAGUGUGGAUAGUACUGACUCCAUUGAAACAAGCAUCUCUGCUUGCUCUCCUGACAAUAUCUCCAGCGCCAGUACAUCAAAUGUGGCCAAGCUAGAAGAGAUGGAGCGUCUGCUGAGGGAGGCUCAGGCAGAGAAGAACCGUCUUCUUGAACACAAGGAGCGAGAGAUGGACAUGCGAAAGCAGGCACUGGAGGAGGAGAAGAGAAGAAGGGAGGAUCUGGAGAAAAGGCUACAGGACGAGACGAGCAGACGCCAAAAACUAAUUGACCGUGAGGUUAAACUGCGAGAGAAACAAAGGGCACAGUCCCGGCCAUUGACACGGUACUUGCCAGUGAGAAAGGACGAUUUUGACCUGCGAGCUCACAUUGAGUCGGCAGGCCACAGCGCAGACACAUGUUUCCACUUGUCCAUCUCUGAAAAGACUUGUCGAGGCUACUUGGUCAAGAUGGGAGGCAAAAUCAAAACCUGGAAGAAACGCUGGUUUGUCUUUGACCGCAACAGACGCACACUCUCCUACUAUGCAGACAAACAUGAAGUCAAGCUGAAAGGAGUCAUCUACUUCCAAGCUAUUGAAGAAGUUUAUUACGAUCACUUGAAGAAUGCACAUAAGAGUCCAAACCCGUCCCUGACCUUCAGUGUUAAGACUCAUGACAGGGUCUACUACAUGGUUGCUCCCUCUCCCGAAGCCAUGAGGAUCUGGAUGGAUGUAAUUGUCACAGGUGCUGAGGGAUACACCCAGUUUAUGGUGUAGCAAUGGGGUUAUGGUGGCAGGAUAUGCCAACAUGUGGCUUUUAUAUUUGUUUUUUAUCCUUGGACUUUUUAAGCAUCUGGAUGGAUAUUUUUGGCAUCUAUGCUGAAGAAUGAACACCGUUUUUGUUGACACCAGCCUUACUAAAGUUACUCAAGAAAACUUUGUAACAUUUUAUCUGAUUAUUUGGAGAUUACAUGUGAAACAUUGUAGGCAGAUAAGAGAUAAUUUGAAUAUUUUUAGGUAGUCUGGUUCAGUUCAAAAGAAGUGAUGAAGUUCAGGAGAUCUGUGCUGGUGCUAUGGUGCACUACAGUGGGUCACAGUGGGCUCAGGUAUAUUUGUUCAAUUGUGAUAUUAAUGUUAAAAGCUGUUUCUGACUUUACUAUUAUAUGAGCUUAUUGUAGCCCAUUUUCUUAAGAGAAGAGCAGACUAUGACUCAGUAGUUCUUUUUUUAGCCAGACAGUUUGAGCUCUGUUAUGUCUUUAUUAACAUCUCAUUAUUAACAUUAAUCAGGAAUCCAAAAGAGUAAAUCGGUAGCUGUGUUUAGUGCUAAAAAAAAACAAUUUUAAAGUCAUGCAAGAACGUGAUUUGAGAACAGAUUUUGUGAUGGGUUUAAUCACUGUUAGAUCAUUUCGUAUGUGUUUAUAAUAAUUUUUAUUCAUGUGUACAGAAUAAAUUAUCCAUAUUCAUUUAGUAAAGGUAGUUGAGCAAAUGUAUUUUAAAUUUCAACUUUUGUCAUCUUGAUUUAAUCUCAUGCAUUAUUACUGUGGCAUUCUCAUAUCUUAACUGUUUGCAUGGAUGUGAAUGCAUGCAUCAUAUGAAAAUGUAUAUAAAAAGUGUGAAUAUAUAUAUAUAUGUGCUAAAGUUUGAAGUUAAGUUUAAAGUUUAAUGCACAUACUUGAUGUACAUAUCUAUUUACUUUGUGCUUCUAAUGAAGCUCCAAGGUGCUAUUCUUCCAUGGUGAAUGACAUUAAUAAUCCAUGCUACAUAUGAUUUGAAUUGGGGUAUAAUUUUAAAAUCAACAUGGUGAUUAUCAGUCAUCUUUAAAAUGGAUUAUUGUGCUGAAUUUAUAUGUCACCACAGGCUCAGAAAUGAAAUGUUAGUGUCAGGCGACUUCUUAUUUUUUUUAAGGAAUAAGAGGACUAUAUGGUUUUAAUAAGGCACAGAAUUGUGAUAUUUGUACAUUUUGUUUCUAAGUUGUAGUUUGUUUUAAAAUAGUUAUGUCAGUUAAUUAUCCAUUAUCAACUUGUGCAUUUUUAUUAUCAUAUUUGUGUGACAGUAUUUUGACAUGCAUAUUAUCUAGAUUUUUAAGCGCUACAUGUAUCUAAUAAUGCCGAACUGUCUGUGGUGGAAAACAUGCAAAUGUGGUAAUUUGGUCCUGAGUGGGUUUGUUAGAAAAAGACUGUAGGAUUAUGUUGUUUUUUUUAAGGUGUCAGGCAGAUGAAAUCUAUGGUACACGCUCAAUUAAUAGGCAUUUAGUAAUUGAAACAGACAGAUUGUUGUGCUGCUUUGGUCCAUUAGCUCUCAUUGCAUUGCUUUUAUUAUUAUCAAUUUAAUGUAUGGUUAAACUGACUAUUCCACAUUGAUCACUAAAGUUGCUUUUAUAUUGUAUAUCGUAAUCUGGACUACAUCAGAAACAUUCAGUUCAAGUGCAUUUAUCAUCUUUUGUUUUGUUUUUUAUAUAUAUAU